AAGUAGACGUAGAUUGCUUUCAAUGUCGUGGUCAAGGUUGUAAUAUUUGUAAAAAAACGGGUUGGAUGGAAAUUGCCGGGGCCGGCUUAAUUCACCCGCAAGUUUUAAAAAAUUGUGGUUUUAAGAAUCCGAAAUUUACCGGCUUGGCUUUUGCUUUUGGUUUAGAACGCUUACUAAUGAUUAAAUACGGAAUUGAAGAUAUUCGGAACUUCUACUUAAACGAUGAGCAGCUCUUCGCAAAUUUCCUCACGCCCACAACAGAUAGGGACCAAACUGUCUCACGACGUUCUGAACCCAGCUCACGUACCGCUUUAAUGGGCGAACAGCCCAACCCUUGGUAG